AGGCGAAUGGUUGAAUUCAAGCAACCGAGCUUCAAGUAAUAAAAAAAAUAGUCCGAUGCCGAUGUCCGACCAAAUUUUCGAAUAGGAACAAAAAUUCGAAAAUUUGUAGCAUUGGCUAGGAGGAACAACUAUUUAAUUUCGUAACAUUACCAUGACUAUUACAAGAAUUCUAUUCGCCGCCAAGCAAGCAUCGAACUUACUAAAAGCGAAAACGGGGUUGGGAUUGGAAACGGCAAUUAGGUCAGCGACGACAAAUAAACACGGAAUUAUAUUGAGUGAGCCCCAAAAAGUCCCCUUCGGACUUUUGAAGGUGAUAUUGACUGUAGUACCAGGCCUCCUAAUUGGCGCAGGAAUUAGUAAAAAUAUAGCGAAUUUCCUAGAAGAAAAUGACCUUUUCGUACCAUCAGAUGAUGACGAUGAUGAUGACUAAAUUGUUUCGCUUAGGUGAUUUCUUUAAUGGUAAAAUAACAGUCCUGGCUCUCAAAUUUAGUGCAACAUUAUUAGCCUAUUUAUUAUUUUUGUAUGCUUCCAAUUACACUAGUUAUAUGAAAUUUCAUUUUCCUAAAGGUUUCCAGUUAGCUGGAGUUUUAUUUACACCUCUGUUAUGGCUUUUCAAACCACGUUUAAAAAGCCCUCAUCAAUGAAGGUGCUGUGAGUAAGGUGUUAAUGAAAAUUAUUAUAAAAGUUGUAAAUUCUGCUUGUGGCUAUUGCUAUGGUACCACUUAUUUUGAUGAAGUUCCUACCUACCUGAUGUCAUUGUACAUAUCAAUAAUUUGCACAUCGGUAUAAGUACCUAUACUGAUCUGCAAAUAUGAGAAACAUAGACAACGAAGACAUAAUUCACCAGAACUGAGUGAUGACCAAAAAGGAUUCUAAGAGAAACCAUCAAUAGAUUCAUUAUCAAAGAAUACUUUCAACAAAUAUUUUAUUCGAUAUGUCAGCAAAACAUUCAAGAGUUCAAAAUGUAAAAAAAAAACAGCUAAAUGGGAAUUUUCAAAAAAAAAAAAUAGAGGAUUUAUAUGCCUGAAGUUACUUAUCCAUGUAUAUAUUAUUGUUAUUAAAUUAAUAGUUAUUGUUUAAUG